CAACGUAAAGCGGUCACACUGGUCGGUGUUUCUAAAAUAAAAUAACACAUUUUAGUUUGAGAUCGUGCAAAGCUGAUCAUUUAUUUGGAAUAUAUAAAUGCCCUGACGCCAUGUCCGCUACGCAACGCCAGAAGCAGUUCGACUUGAACCGCAGUCGUGCGAAUAACUUGGCCAGCAGCAGCAGCGGCACGGGCAACAACAACAACACCACUGGCAGCACGAAAAAUGUGGUUUCCCCGCAACACAAUCAACGCAAACUACAAACCUCCAUGGAGCGCCUGCAGGUGCAACAGCCGAACACAAGUCGCCGGGCAGCCGGUUCCAACUGGACAGCCGCUGCUGGCGGAGGAGCAGCAGCAGCUGGAAGUGAAAACCAGGAUGCCAAGGCUGCGGAGUCAGUACCACUGUCCAAAUCGGCACGCAUGCGCAUGAAAAAGAAGGCACACCGCAAUCGCUAUUUAGCCAUGGACUGCGAGAUGGUGGGCGUGGGAUACAACGGGCAGGACGACAUGCUGGCACGCGUGUCCAUCGUGAAUCGCGUGGGACAUGUGCUACUGGACAAGUAUGUGAAGCCGCGAAUGGAGGUCACUGAUUACCGCACCAGCGUAUCCGGUAUUCGGCCGCAGGACAUCGCGAACGGUGAGGACUUUGCCGCCGUGCAGAAUGAAGUGGUGAAGCUGCUACACGGUCGCAUUCUCGUGGGACACGCCCUGGGCAACGAUCUGGCAGUACUGAGCAUCCGUCAUCCGUUCCAUGAUAUCCGUGAUACGUCGCGUUAUAAGCCGCUGUGCAAACUCGUCUCUAAUGCCCACACGCCCAGCCUAAAGCGCCUUACGAUGGCCGUUCUGGGUCAGGAGAUCCAAACGGGCGAGCACAAUUCCGUGGAGGAUGCACGCGCCGCCAUGGGUAUCUACAAUCGGGUUGCUGGCGACUGGGAGAAGUAUCUGGAGAAGAAGCGGCAUCAACAGCAGCACUAUUAGCACUUCCCGCUUACUCUGGGAGCCCCUCAGCACUCAGGGGAUGGAAUACGGUAGUCUUAAGUUUAUUAGUGUAUACACGGAUUUCACCUACGUGAAACUGUUGCUUAAUUGUAUGAAAUGUUACAAUCUAA